AUGGGAGUCGGUGCAUGGAGUGGCUAUGUUUCGCUUCCCAAAGAAUUCCUGAACAACAUGGAGAACAUGAGCGUGGACUACGAUAUCAACCUGUUCUUUUGGUAUUUUGAGGCUCGACACAAUCCCUCCAGUGCUCCUACAUCGAUAUACCUAGGAGGAGGCCCAGGCCGUACCUCUCUUGACUCAAUGUCAGGCUUUCCGUGCAACAUCAACCCAGACUCGAACAGCAUGAAGCUAAAUCCGCUCUCCUGGAAUAAACAUGUCUAUGGCAACGACACAGAACACGACCGCACAGGCCUCGCGGACCCUGUGAAAUUUGCACAAGUUUGGUUCCAGGAAUUUCCGGACUAUAGAACCACCAACAAGAAGGUCUCGCUGUGGGGAACGUCGCCUCCCACUUGGCUUACUUGGCAUCGGCAAUGGCUGCAUCGAUACAAGGCUCAAGCUGCCAGCUUCCCUCACAUCGAAUACAACAACACUUAUGGGAUUCAGCUUUACAAUCAUACCAUGUACUCGGUUUUGAUGCAGAAUGUGACUGCGCCCAAGACAGGCUGCUAUGACCUCGUUGAUCAAUACCGAGUAGCUGCUGCCGAGGGUGAUUCGACUGGCCAGGGUACAAAUGAGACUGUCAACGCAGCUUGUCAAACUGCCUCAGCUGUUUACUUUGUUCAGGUCCUGGAAGCGUAUAUGGUCUGCUCGCAAUUUGAUCUCGCUCGUCUCCGAAUCGACUCUGAUGAACCUAACUACUUCAACGGCUUUUUCAACCAACGAUGGCCACAUAUUUCGCAUGACACAAAGACAAACGAAUGCAAAUUUACGGGGAUGGGCGUUGAAAACAUCUCCCUCGCCGCGGGCUUCCAUUCAGCUCCAUCUUUACGCGCGGCCGGAUAUGAAGAUGUGAGGACAAACAAGACCUACAAGGGUGGUGUCGUUCGCCAGCACGGAAUUUCUCGUUUUCGCGUCUUUCAAGGAGGCCACGCUGUUGCAGCAUAUGAACCCGAGACCAUCUAUCGUAUUUUCCAGCGGAGCAUGUUUGGCCUUGAUGUCGCCACUGGGCAUAUCAAGACCGAUUCACACUAUAGCUCGAAGGGUCCGCGGAGUAACUGGCACAUCAAGAAUCAAAUCCCUGUGGAAAACAGAGAGACUGUCAGCUACACGAACCAGCUUGCUUGA